AUGAAACGAAGAGCUUUGAAAGCAAAAAAUAUUAGUGUGAUCAUUUAUAUAAGAGAGUUCUCAUGUAGGAAGUUGACAAGGAGCACAAAGCCAAUUGCUGAAAACAAUGUUUAUGAUUUCUAUGCUCAAUUGACUCACGAACAUGUAUUAGUGGAUGGAAAAAUGUUAACAAAAGACGAACGAAGUUUUCAGGGUUGUCAUCGUGUUGAAUUUUCUUCUUCACAUUCCUCUUACUUAACUAAUAAAGCGUAG